GACCCCGAGUCUAAACGGCGUCAAACCAAUCCGUUCGAGUGACCACUAGUGACCGCGGUCAUACCGGAACAUACGAGUGCGACAUGAAGACUUUCCUGCUAAUUUCGGCGUUAGCUGCGGUGGCUUUUGGCCGUCCGGAAGCCGGAUACAGUUAUCCGCCACCUCCAUCACCUCCGUCCGGCUUGUACGGAGCACCGGGAGGCGGCAGUUUGGGUGGUAGUAUCAGCCUAGGCGGUGGACACAGCCACGGUCAUUCCAGUUCUAUUAGCUUCUCCAGCGGUUCCAUCGGAGGCGGCUCCUUAAGUUUGGGAGGCGGUCACGGAUUGACUGACGGCAUUGGCUUCUCUGGCGCUUCUUUGGCAACCUCCGGAGCCGGAUCUGGCUUCACUGGAGGCUUCUCCGGUGGAUUAGGACUGGGCGGAGGAAUUGGGGGAGGUUCAAGCUUUGCAGGAGGUUCAGGUUUUGGAGGAGGUGCUGGCCUUAGUUUGGGAGGCGGAGGCGGUGGUGCCAUUGUGCAAAAACACAUCUACGUACACGUCCCUCCACCAGAACCAGAAGAGUUCCAUCAACACCGUCACAUUGAAGUUGCUCCUCCUCAGAAACACUACAAAAUUAUUUUCAUCAAGGCUCCAUCUCCACCAACUCCAACCGCUCCUGUCAUUCCUCUGCAGCCACAAAACGAAGAGAAGACUCUGGUAUACGUUUUGGUCAAGAAACCAGAAGAACAACCAGACAUCCACAUCCCAGCUCCAAUUCCAACCCAACCAAGCAAACCAGAAGUUUACUUCAUCAGAUACAAGACCCAAAAAGAAGCCGGAGGAGCCGGAUUCGCCGCUGGCGGUCUUGGAAGCGGCAUCGUUGGCGGUGGUGCAGGUCUUGGAGGCGGUGCAGGCAUUGGGGGUGGUGCAGGUAUCGGAGGUGGAAUCGUUGGCGGCGGUGCAGGCAUUGGUGGUGGAAUCGAUGGCGGCGCUCUCAUUGGCGGUGGUCACGGUUCUGCUGCUAUCGAAGAUAUCUCCUUAACUCAUGGCGGCUCUAUUUCAUCUUCCAUUUCCUCCUCCAUCUCUAGCUCGUCCAUUGGAGGUGGCGCCAGUCUGUCCACUAGCUACGGACCACCAGGACACAAAAGCGGUGGUCCAUAUUGAAAAUCGAAAUCGACGUAAAUUUCAAGACUUGGGUUGAUUCGACCCCCUAGAAAACUGUUUUGUACAUAGUCUACUAUUUUAGUCUAAUUUUAUUAUUAAUAUUAUUAUUGAGUAUUUUUUGCUAGCAAGAAUUACGGUGACAAAUAAAUUUAUUUUUUUAU